AUGACUGUUAACGCUCUCGGUGCUGAUGGCCAUGAAAUUGCUGAUAACAUCGCCCCUCCCGAGCCAUACGGGGCUCUACAGCUGGCUUCCCAGCUGCUUGAUGCCGAUGGUGUCCAGACAGCCGUGUCCUUCUUCCGCACCGGCGAGGGAAACGAUCGUGGCGUGGCUCAGAUGCGUUUCUAA